UUAAAGUGCAGCAAGUCGCCCUCCGCUUUUGCAGAAUUGUCGCGUCUGAUCGCACACUCUGACCACAGCCAGCGAGCAACGGCGCUGAAUCGUCCUAAACAUGAGAGUCGGCUCGGCAAUCGCGUUAUGCUUCUUCAGCUUUGCGUGUCUGUCAGAAUGCACGCCUCCGACCUGUUACUCCAGGGCGCUGAGCCUGAGCAAAGAAGUGAUGACCCUGUUGGAUAAGAUCCACACUUACCAUCGUACGAAAACGUGUGCUGAGGUCCUACCCACCAUCUUCCUUGAUGUGCAUAACUCGUGCGUCACGACCAAGAUCCGUGACUUCCUCUACGUGCUUGUGAACCAUCCCAGCCAGUACUGCAGAGAGAGACCCAGGAUGGUGUUGCUGAAAAUCAAAAUACAGAACUUGUACGCCAUUAUCACCCGAAUUUGCUACCGGGACUUGGUGUUUUUCACAGACGACUGCGAGGCCAUCGACACUGGACAUAGCAGGCCACACUAUGCAGAGGACAGACUUCAGCUUCUGCAGGAGGAGAGAUAAGCGACACAAGCAGUUAUAAGCAGUCUAAUGUAAUCACAAUGUGUACAUAAACACCACACCCUGCAGUGUAUUCAAUCAUAAGCAGCACAGCACACUGCGCUGACUCGUGCACACUCGUGUUUAGUGGACAUGCAUGGUUACAUUCCUGCAAGAACGGCAGAACUUUCCACAGGAAAUUUGCUGAAUGCCAACCGUGCCGACGCAAAUCUUGAAAUAAUAAACCAGUAAGAGAUGCUUGUGAGCAGCCUUAGCCUCUGUUUACUUACCAUGGCUGAUCAAAGCUUUGUGUGUCAUUUGGAGAAAUAGGCUGUGUUGCCGUAACCCUUGCUCUGACGAAACAUGUCUUGAACGAGCACUAUGUCCAACAUUUUUGUCGACAUUUAUGCAGUUCAGCACACUGAUUUAAAAACGUUUUGUAUGGAAUACUAUGAUGACUUUGUCUCCCAAACACAACCCGACAUUGCUUAACGUCAAGUCAAGACUCAUUGACUUUACUCAAAUAAUGCAAAAUAUUUCAUGUUACAUUUCAUUGUAGUGUAUCUAAUGUCUAUUUGUCUUUUUCCCAUGUAUGGAUUAUAUCCCACUCUCCCAAUAACAACAGAAUAAACCUUUAGU